AGCUUCAGGAAGAGAUUGCAAAGAGAGGAGUCCAAGCUGUGGCCCAUGCUGGAUGUCGGGUGGUUGCUGCCCCUCGCUUCCUGCCCUCAGAUGUCUCAGCCUAGGGCUAAUGGCCUCCUCCUGCUGUUCCCUCUUGCAGGCCAACGUGGUGUGCGUGGUGUACGAUGUCACCAAAGAAGCCACAAUUGAGAAGAUUCGGACAAAGUGGAUUCCUCUGGUGAAUGGGGGAGUUGAAAAGGGCUCCAGGAUCCCAAUCAUCCUAGUGGGGAACAAGUCUGACCUGCAGCCUGGGAGCUCCAUGGAGAUCAUUCUGCCCAUCAUGAACCAGUUUUCAGAGAUCGAGACCUGUGUGGAGUGUUCUGCCAGGAACUUGAAGAACAUCUCUGAGCUGUUCUACUAUGCCCAGAAAGCUGUGCUGCACCCAACCGCCCCCUUGUAUGAUCCAGAGGAGAAACAGCUGAGACUGGUGUGUGCACGAGCACUCACACGAAUAUUCAACAUCUCAGACCAGGAUAAUAACCAGAUCCUUAGUGACGAUGAGCUCAACUGCUUUCAGAAGUCCUGCUUUGGGAACCCCCUGGCUCCCCAGGCCUUGGAAGACGUGAAGAUGGUUGUGUGGAAGAACACUACAGAUGGGGUACAGGACAACGGCCUGACAUUAAAUGGCUUCCUCUUCCUGAACACGCUCUUCAUCCAGAGGGGACGGCACGAGACCACGUGGACCAUCCUGCGACGUUUUGGCUAUGAUGAUGAGCUGGAGCUGAUGGAUGACUAUCUCUACCCACAGUUCCGGGUGCCCCAUGACUGUUCCACUGAGCUGAAUCACUUUGGCUACCAGUUCCUGCAGCGGAUGUUUGAGAAGCACGACAAGGACCGGGAUGGAGCACUCUCACCUGCAGAACUGCAGAGCUUCUUCAGUGUCUUCCCCUAUGUGCCCUGGGGGCAUGAACUCUACAACACGGUAUGCACCACUGAUAAAGGCCUGCUUUCCCUGCAUGGAUUCCUCUGCCAGUGGACGCUGGUGGCCUAUCUGGAUGUCCAUCACUGUCUGGAGUACCUGGGUUACCUGGGCUAUCCCAUCCUCUCUGACCAGGACUCUCAGACACACGCCAUCACAGUUACCCGGGAGAAGAGAAUUGACCUGGAGAAGGGCCAGACCCAGAGGAACGUCUUCCUCUGUAAGGUGAUUGGCCCCAGAGGCACAGGCAAGUCUGCAUUUCUACAGGCCUUCCUGGGGAGAAACCUGCCCACACAGAUGGAGUCCCCGGGAGACCUGUCCUUCCAUGCCAUCAACACAGUACAAGUCAACAGCCAGGAGAAGUAUUUAAUUUUAUAUGAGAUUGACGUGGACACAGAGUUCAUGAAAGCAUCCGAUGCAGCCUGUGAUGUUGCCUGCUUAAUGUACAAUGUGAAUGACCCCAAAUCUUUCAACUACUGUGCCAGCAUUUAUAAGCAGCACUACAUGGAUGGACAGAUUCCCUGCGUCUUUGUAGCCUCUAAAUCAGACCUUCCAGAAGUGACUCAGCAGGAUGGACUCUCACCGGCUGAGUUUUGCUACAAGCACCGCCUCCCGCCACCAUUCUACUUCACCUGCUGCAGCCAAGGCCCACCCAGCACCGCUGUCUACAGCAAACUGGCCAUGGCUGCCACCUUCCCGCACCUGAAUGACAGUGAGCUGGGAGCAGCUUCCUUCUGGCUCCGGGUUGCCUUGGGAGCCACUAUGACUGCCCUGGUAGGAUUCACACUUUACAAAGUGCUGGUGAAGAGCAAAUAAGGAAGAGGUGGACUUGGGCCCUCCACCUGUGCCUAACUCAAGCACCAGCUUCCUUGCCUGAGAACAAACAUGCGCAGGGGAAAGUGAUCAAACUGGCCCAACCCAGGACCCCAGGGAGAAAAUCCUUCAUUUCCCCAACUAAUUACAGUAUCAGCAACAAAGAGCUACAAGCAGGACCAUCUGGACCACAUACCAUCAACCAGCACAGCCAAGAGCCCUUCUCUCCACAUCCACGUGUUCCUAGGAGCCAGUGCUCUGCUGUUCUGUGUGACCCCCAACACACUGUGCUGGUAAAGUGGCACGGUCUUCCUUUGCCGUAUCUGGGCUUCACCUGAGCCUGGAGUCCAGCCAUUUUGAGGCUGAGAGGCCACCAAUGUCUCUUUUUAAUGUCGUUUUUAAGACUGACUCGGACUUGAGAUGGCCACAGGGUGCCCUGAGGAAGCUGAACAUUUUUCAGGCAAGAUGGCUUCAGUGAACACUCCCAUCCUGUCUCCAUAUUCACCAAAGGAGCUGAUGUUUUAUAUUGUGGCAUAAUACACAAGGACUUUGUCUACUGGAAUUCUGACUGUCCUGUGGCUGGAGGCACCUUGGCUUCUCAAUCCUUUGGAAUGAAGCUGUUGAACAGGCUUGCAAGUUACCCUUGUCCUCAGGCCUCUACCAGGAAGCAAAGGGCUAAGUGGGUUUAGGAAUUUCCUGCCAUUAGAGAUUGACUUACAGAAGGUGCCAUGCAGAGGGUGAUCUGUAGCUGUUGCAAUUCUCUGUCCUCUGGUAUUUAUUUCCUUACCCUUCCCAUGAAUGUGGGGAGACUUCCUGCAUCCUUGCCCACGUUAGAUGCAGCGUGACCCUGCAGACUGCUGGUACUCAGCAAAGCUGCUCUUCUCAAAGCGUGCCGAGACCUGGGAAUGCUUGUGCCUCCUCCAGCAAUGCUGGCAGGUUUGAGCUAAUGCAGUAACAAAAUAGGCUUUGCACCAUUUCUGCAACCCCUUGCAAGCAAGGAGUAUAAAGCCUUUGGGAGCCUCAGUAGCCCAGCGUCUUGUGUGGCUUUGCAUAGCAGCUGCCACUUGGUCUGCUUCGUGUCGAGCUGCUCUUGUACUGGCUGACAUGCUUGGGUUGCAAACGCUGCGGGGAAGCCAGGGCCAGAUUGGAGCUUCCCCAUGGGUUUGUAUUGACUUCUGUGUUCAGUGUUACAGAUUCAGGGCUUUUCAUUUUCAUUCAGGGUGCAUUGGGGUUGCAUUCUGGGUGCAGCCCCUGCCUGCCAGUGCUCCAGAAAGGCUCUGCAAGGUGCCAGCCUCCCUCCUGGGCCCUGCCACUGAUCCUGUGGCAAAUAGGGAUUCCCAGUUGCCGGUUCAGGUCAGCUUGGCAGAGCUACCUGCCGGUAUCAUGUUUUCUAUUGAACCUUUUUGUAACUAGUCCUGCCCUGCAGGGUACUCAGGAUUCCCAUCAGUUGGCUCUUCCAUCAGCCAGGUCCCUGCCUCUUUCCAUAAGACCAUUUGUUCCCUCUUGUACUUACCAUCCCUGGGUCACCAGUGUUAACAGAUUAACAGACAGCAGUGGAAGUAUGAUAACCUCGAAGGUGAUGGUGUGGUUGGCAAUUCACUGUCUGAUUUUGCUGGAAAUUACUGUGCCUGGAGCACCGGCAGAACUGUGGAGCAUCCACUGGGAGAUGCUGUGUGAUGUUAUCGUGUGUUGACCACCAUUUCCUGUGGGAUUUGUGCUCCUGGUACGGAUCUUUGUGAGCUGAAUGUUUUUAGGUAAAUAGCCAGCAUCUGUGCUCCAUCCUCAGCAGCCUUUGGCUGAUCAGCAGCAAUAUUUUGUAUACAAAGUUUUUUACGUGAAGUUUCCUGGCUAAACUGGAAGAUCUUUCCCCUCCCCAGCUUUCUCUGGCACAUGAGUCCAAAAUAGCUGGCAGAAGCAGAGACUGUCCGCCCUUUGUCUCACCUGCUAUGUCUUCAACACCACCUGUGAUCUCAUCCACCCAGCAUGCGUGUCUGGGUUUCUCAAGGACAAGGACACUGUCUUAUCACCAGCCAACCCAGGCUUUCCUUCAUCUUCCAUGAGGUUUCCACUCCUUGGAAGCCCAUAAAAGCUACUGGUUAAAUAAGUGACACUAGUUCUUCAGCAUUUCAAGCACUCAGGGUAGGCUUGUUUACAGUAUGAUUGUGGGUGCCCUGCUGCAAUAGCCACCUGUGUUCUUGUAUAUGCAUCUUAUUGUUUAAAAUACCCGAGAGCUGGAAUGCAUGGGUUUAUCUUGCAUUUAGAUCCUUUUAUAUAGAGGGUCCCUUAUGACUGGGCUUCAGGGUCUUCUCUUCCUGACUGGCUGAGGUGAGAAUUGAUCUGGAGGAAGCAGCUCUGGUCUCAUCCUGAGCCUGUUCCAGUAGCCACCUGAGGAGGGAGCUGACUCUGAGCUUACAUUGCCACCUGUCCUUUCUGAGCCUGAGUGGUAAAGAAUAUGCAUGUGCUCCUCAAAGGUGCUCCCAAGCUGUCAGCUUGUGUCAAAUGCAUGUAUAGACUGCAGCUGGGAUAAUUUUAACCUCUGGAACUGCCUCAAGUUUUUGGAGGCCUUGGUUGUAGGCUUAGAAGUUGCCAAGCAGUGGAAGAGGAGCUCUCAAUCAGCUGUUUGAGGACAGAUCGCAGAAAACUAGGACUGGGAAGGACCUCAGGAAGUUGAUUAACCCAGACCCCUGCUCAAGGCAAGAUCAUCCCUGUCUACAUCAUCCUGGCAGACACAUAGUUGUUUAAGCUCCUUGAAAAAACUUACAGGAUCUCAGAACAGAUGCAUGUCCAGGCCUGUUUGCCCAGCUCAGCAAGUUGCCCCAUUUCCACACCUCUGUUUUGUGUAUCAGAACUCAGAGCUGAGCGGUGGUGCCCUCCUGCUGGCCAUGUGAUGGGGUGCUCAUUAAAGCAAGGCAGAAAUGUCACCUAGGAGAGAGAGCAUUUUUGUUGUAAUAUAGACUCUGGACUGAGACAGGAAGGUUUUCCCAGAGAUCCCUCCUGUCCGGCCCCAGGACAGAUGCAGCUGGUGGUAUUUUAUCAUUCAGGUAGCAGCGCCCAGCUGCCCCUGUCCUCAGGGCAGAUCAGAGCUGUGCUCUGCUCUGGGUUUCCUGGGCAGACUAAACUUGUUACUGUCUGUCAUG